GAUGUACUGAUUCGAGCUGACUGUUGAAAGCGAAAGAAGAAGAAGGGACUUCCCUUAUUUGCACGAGCAGCCCGUCAUAUGACCAGUAAUGCUUUAACUUUACACAAGACCGACUCGUCAGGUGAGGAUCACUGCUUUGUGCUCUGCCCGUAGAAGAAUAAGGACCCCCGACAGGCUGGAUCCGCUGAGGAUGAUGCAUUCUGUUCUGUUAUUUACCUUGCUGUUUACAGCUGUCACAGCCAGUCUGGUGAAAGAUUCUUCUCUAGACUUGCACUGGGAACUAUGGAAGAAAACGCAUCAGAAACACUAUUUUGGAGAGGAUGAAGAACUUCAGAGACGUUUGACAUGGGAGAAGAACCUUAAACUCAUCACACUUCACAACCUUGAAUUCUCCAUGGGAAUGCACACUUAUGACCUGGGAAUGAACCACCUUGGAGACAUGACACCCGAAGAGGUUACAGCUAAGCUCACUGGCUUUCAGUUGCCUGCUGAUUAUAAAGUUAGCAAUUCUAAAUAUGUUCAUUCUUCUAAAGUCAAUGUACCUGACAAUAUAGAUUGGCGCGACAAGGGAUGUGUGACAGAGGUGAAGUAUCAGGGAUCCUGUGGAGCUUGUUGGGCCUUCAGUGCUGUUGGUGCAUUGGAAGGUCAGCUCAAGCUGAAAACAGGCAAGCUGGUGUCUCUUAGUGCACAGAACCUCGUAGACUGUUCAUCCAAGUGUGGAAAUCACGGAUGUAACGGAGGUUUAAUGACCCGGGCAUUCCAAUAUGUUAUUAAUAACCAAGGAAUUGACUCUGAUGAAUCCUACCCUUACAAAGCAGUGGAUGGUCAGUGCCAGUAUGACGCUGCUGCCAGAGCGGCCAACUGCAGCAGUUAUAAUGAACUUCCAUAUGGGGACGAAAAUGCCCUGAAAGAAGCUGUUGCUAAUGUUGGACCGAUUUCUGUUGCCAUUGAUGCCACACGGCCUACAUUUAUUCUGUAUAGGAGUGGUGUGUACGAUGAUCCAAGCUGCUCACAGAAAAUAAACCACGGAGUAUUGGUUGUUGGUUAUGGGACCCUGAAUGGGCAGGAUUACUGGCUUGUAAAGAACAGCUGGGGGGCAUCUUUUGGAGACAACGGGUACAUUAGAAUGUCAAGAAACAAAAAUAAUCAGUGUGGCAUCGCCCUGUUCCCCAGUUACCCAGUCAUGUAAACUCUUCGACAACAACAUUAAGAGACUGGCUGCUACGUAAUUUCUUCUUCUUCCUAAAGUUUUCCUUUUUUAAUUCACUUUAUUGUAAAUUUAUCUUUCUUUGCUAGAUUAAUCAAAUUGAAAAAAAUACUGUUUAAUGGUAUCACUAUAAGCAAAGGAGACACCAAGUGUCACACAGUAUGAAGCACAUGAACUGCCAGACUGAGCUCGUGGAUUGUGAACAAAAUGAUGUCACACAUUAGCCCACUGACAAAAUACCACAGUGUCACAAAGACUAUGACUCCACUGACAUUUUAUACUGUAUGAUAUAAACUCUAGUCUAACUCUAGUAAAAUUGAAAGAAAACAUUUGCAUAUAAAUGAGCCUAGCAGAUACUUAAAACUAAAACAAAGAUAAGGUUGAGAAAAGAAAGUUUGACUGAGAACAAAUCUGCACAUGAUGGGUCAAAAAACGACUGUCUUUCUGAGUAACUCUUCCUGUUUAACAAUAGGAAGACAGAAGUAAUUCAGUGCUCGUUUAGCAUACCAUUUCAUGGUUUAUCAGCUGUGUAACAUUUUAAUUAUUUUUUACUUAAAGAGUGAAUGCACUUUUAAUUUUAGACUUGUGUUACUAUUAUUGAAUAACAGAAUUUCUGUUAAUAAUUUUUUUGUUGUUCUUGCGGCAACAGCAUUGGUACUCCUUUUUUAGAGUCCCUCCCAUUUCAUUGCCUCUAAGAGAUGCAUAACCAGUUUCCAAUACACUUGAAAAACUGAUUCAGCAGAGCAGAUCACUUGAUCGCAUUUGAUUAAUCCUUUCAGAUGUUAUCAAACUCACUUCAUUUUGUUUGUUGUCACAGAGACUGGAGCUAAUCAUGGCAGCACUGGGUACAAGGCAGGAGUUAACCAUGGAUAGCUCCAGGAUAAAUUUGCCCCAGGCAAAUUAUUUUAUAUUAUAUAUAAAGUCAUGAAUGUUAAGCUGAGUGAGGAAUCUAAAGUGUUGCGGUUUUUGCAUGAGUGUGCCUUGUGAUGAAUCCCAUCCAUUGCUGGUUCCUAUAUUGCACCCAUUUCUGCUCCCCAGUGACCAUGAAUUACAAUCAGCAAGUUGUUAUCAAAUCUUCAACUAAAACAUAAUAUUAAAGUAAAGGAACAUUGAACAAAAUGAAAGCAAAAAAAUUGAUAACUUACGUUAUUUAUCUGUUGAAGAAAGGCAGGCAAUUACAUGAAAAACUAAUUGCCCCCUUGAACUCAGUAACGUAUCAUACAUAAACAGCAAUGACUGCAGUCACCGAUUCAUCUCUCAUUGUGGACCCCAUCACUGCAGCAUUAAUUCAGUUCAGGGACAUUGGCAUUCCAAGUUUUGAAUGAAUACUUUCUGGUCGAUUGAAGGUCCUAGUUGUCCUGCCACUAAAACGCUGAAAUUGGUAAAACAAAACAAUGAAUUGGUUUGUACCUGGAGAUGAAAUGCAGACCAAACCAUAACGUUUUAAAGUGCGAAAACCGCAACAAGAAAAUAUAAACACACCAAAGUGUCAAAGUCCAGUAUAUAAAACAAAAAAUAAAUCUUAAAAGAAUUAGAAAAAAUUUCCUGGCUACCAAAAAAUCUUCACCAACUAGCAGGGUGUGUUUGUUUUUCUGUUUAUCCAGAAACUUAAAUACCUGCUUUAAUGCAUCAUAUAUCAUCUUAUAUACCAGUACUGUAGUAACAUCAUCAUUGUCACUUCCGGAAGUCACACAGUAGUGAUGAUGCCAACACUUACAAUUCAUUACCAAAGUGGCAAUGCUAACAAACAAAAAUAUAAUGAUGAAAACUUGCAAAAUUUUUAUUAAGCCAGAUACUGAAAAAAUCAACAUAAAAUAAUGUACUAUAACACUUCUUGUUCUGAAUUGAUAUUAUUAAACCUCUGGAACUCA